AUGUUGCUCUGUUACACCGAGAGACGCUACAUCUUCAACUUGCCCAGAGCCAUCGCUCACGCUGUGUUGGAUAAGGAUAAGAAAACAGUCGCAAGUGAAUGCGGUGAAAGAAGUGAUUGUGCAGAAGUGAAAGAUCUCGAAAUCUUAAAGGAGUUAUAUGAGUUGAAGAAAUUGUUGACACGUGCCAUGCUUUUCAGCAGCGGCAAACGCUUUCUUGCAUUUCUAUUUGCUGCCGGAUUCCAGCAGGAGGAUGUCCUCCUAAGGAAGAGAACUGCUAGGAUUCUGAAGCCUGCUUUCACGGUUAUACGUGAUAGAGAAUCAAAGUGUUUGCUUGUGUUCAUCCGUGGGACGCGUAGCAUCAAAGACACGUUGACAGAUGCACUCUGUGCUCCCGUCUCCUUCCAUCACAAGAUGGUUUCAGGACAUGCACACCGCGGCAUGGUUGCUGCAGCUUCUUGGAUUACAAAGCACUGCAUUCCUGUUCUUCUUGAUGCUCUUCAUCAAUACCCCCACUUCAAAAUCAAGAUCGUUGGGCACUCGCUUGGUGGUGGUACUGCUGCACUGUUGACUUAUAAGCUUAGAGAAAUGGAACAGUUCUCUUCAACAACUUGUGUCACAUUUGGCCCUGCUGCCUGUAUGACAUUGGAGUUAGCCGAAUUCGGGAAACCCUUUAUCACUUCUAUCAUAAAUGGUUCUGACAUAGUGCCCACACUGUCAGCUUCUUCUGUUCAUGAUUUCAUUGCUGAGGGUCGGAUUAAGGAUAAAAACAUCCUAACCGCACUUGGAUCUGGCUUAUCAUUUGCGAAAGCCAUUGCAGAACAUGCAAUAAACUGUUGCCCCGAGGUUGUGAACAAGCACAAAUACUCGUUGUUACCGUGGUCCCAACGUGAGAAUAUUGACACAUUGUCAGAUAACUUGGCUGAAGCUUCUCCAUUAUCUGAGACAAGUUUUGAACCUCUUUUAAGUGAGGAGCACUUACUCAUAGAAUCUUCUGAUGAUGACGAAUAUAAUUCUUCCAGUGAAGAAUGUGAUGAUGAUGACUCAGAUGAUGACAAAGACCAAUUGUUGAUUCAAGUGGGGAAGCUUAAACUGGAAAAACAUGUUAAUAUCCCUAACAUUCAUGCAAAGGAGAAAAAUAUGAUCGAAGAAGAUAGUACUUGUCCAGUCACAGCUUCAGGCCCCAAAGUUCAAUUCGAAGGUUCCACUGCCAAUUAG